AUGGGCGCUGUGGAUCACACUUACCCGUUGCACCCCAUUGCAUGCGUCGUAGGCGCUGUAAUGCUGCUCGUCGUCAUUGCAGUCUAUCUUAUCCGCCGUCGCUGGAACCUAGUCAUCUUCUUUCUUGCCUCCUGCUUGGCGAUCGAGAACCUGAUGCUCGCUGCGAACGAGAUAUCGUGGUUCAGCGACGCCAGCAUCAAGCUUCACGCUUAUUGCGAUAUCUUCUCUCACUUUCUACUGUUCUGCUACAUCGUCAGAGCUUUGUCCACCCUGCUCAUAACCCGCCGAUUAUACAUCAUAUCCGGCCUCAGAACAACAACAUCAUACGAAACCAAGGGAGGCUUGAUCUUGACAUGGGUCCUUGAGCUCGCGGUUCCGGCCAUGAUAGCCGGACCUCUAUACUACGUGGUGCAGACCAAUCGCUUCGAUGUCGUCGCAGGAUUCGGGUGCGUCUACGCCUUGGACUACUCAUUCCUCACGAUUCUAUUGGUCGGAGGCUGGGGCGUCGUCUUCCCUCUGAUCUCUAUUCUCAUCUAUUACCCAAAGGUCGCCUACUUCUUCUACUCUCAGAGCAGAGAGGCCGCUCGCCUACGAUCGGGAGCCUCCAACAGUGCCCUCUCACGCGCAGAUUAUCUGCGGAUCUUUGCCUUGUCCAGUAUCGACAUCCUGCUGACACUACCGACGAACGUCAUUGUCGUGGCUUUGGCCGUCCUGGACUUCAGAGACACUUCGGAUCCGCCGCCUUUCUAUUCGGGCUGGGACACGGUACACGCGGAUUGGACACCACAAGUGGGGAAGCGCAAAGCGUACUUCGAUCUCUUAGCCUGGAUGGCCCCCGUCACGUCUUUCGCCCUGUUCGCCAUCUUUGGAUUCACUCCCGAUGCUCGCGCAGCAUACUCACAGGUCAUCCGUACUGCGAAGGGAUGGCUGGGCUGGAAGCCGAAUGCCGAUACGCCACGGACUUCUUCCGUAACCUCGUUGGCGUUUGGGAGACCUGCGCAGGAAGCGGGGACUGCGCAGGCUGCCUCAGGCGUGACGGGGCAAAGUGUAUAA